AUGCAGUUGGAUCUGCAAAAGAGUGUGCUAAGAUGGAGAGUAUCGGGGCCAACAAAUGUGCAGACGAUAUAUGGCCAAAGAAUAUUUAGUCGGGAAGCGGUUCCGGCAUGGAAAACACAGGUGUAUACAGAGGUCCCGGAAACGGGUCUUGCAGAGGUAGCAUUUGUUGGAAGAAGCAAUGUAAGUUAUAUGAGGCGUUCAUUGAAUACAUGGUUUGACGCAAAAAUGCAAAAAUUUCGUCAAACAGGAAAAUCUACAUGUAUUAAUUUUCUAACAAAUCAAUCACUGGCUAAAACAUCUAAAAAGCCAGGCCGUACACGAAGUAUAAAUGGAUUCAUUAUUCCGGGAAAGAUUGGUCUAGUUGAUCUGCCAGGAUAUGGUAUGGGCUCAAGGGAAGCAUGGGGAGUAGAAAUAAUGAAGUAUUUAAAGGAAAGAAAACUAUUGAGAAGAGUGUUUGUGCUGAUUGGUAGUGAUUGUGGAUUUAAAGAAACAGAUAGAAUGAUGCUGAGUAAUUUAAAUGAUUUGGGUAUUUCAUACCAAAUUCUUAUUACCAAGAUCGAUAAGCUAAAGAAACAUCCAGAAGCACUUUCUGCACUUUUUUUUGAAGCAAAAAACAUUAUAGAGACCUAUGGAAGUUCCGGAUUCCCAGAAAUACUUGGUAUAAAAUGUAUACAGCCUGUUGCUGGCAUUAGUAAUCUUCGUUGGGCGAUUCUUCGUGCUUGUGGUUGGUAA